AUGAUCCAGAGAAAGCUACCCCGGGCCCGCUACGAGGAGGAGCCGCCGGAGCCCGUCCGCUCCCGUUGCUGGGAGGAACCCUGGGAAUCCCCCCACACUAACCCUGAAGGCGAGACCGCACCAGAACCCCUCCACCCCUGCUGUUACCCGGAGGAGCCGCCCGAGUGCAACUGGCCUGAUUUCCCGACGGAGCUGCCGGACCUGCCACCAAGCCCUGGCCAAGAGGAGCCUAUGCAGCUAGACUGGCCCGAGCCCGGUGCCACGAACGAGGCGACAACCUGCAAGACCCUGAAUGCUGUCUAACCGGUCAGGCCAAAAG